GGGUCGUGGUUGAGGUGACAGGAUCGAGAAGGCAUGACAGGACUCUUUGUCCCCGCUGCACAGAGGCGGGUCUGAGGCUCGGUAACGCCUCCCUGGGUGCCUCGCGCCAGGCCUGCGAUAGGGAGCGCCGUGCCCCGGUCGUCCGCUGCUCCUGCCCCUGCUCCGCUCAGAGUCCGAUGGCUGCGGCUGCGUUGAGGGACCCGGCUCAGGGCAUCGUGACCUUUGAAGAUGUGGCUGUGCAUUUCUCCUGGGAGGAAUGGGGUCUCCUUGAUAAGGCUCAAAGAUGUCUGUACCGGGAUGUGAUGCUGGAGAACUUGGCACUGAUAAACUCCCUGGGUUGUUGGCAUGGAGUGGAUGAUGAAGAGACACCUUGUGAGCAGUGCAUUUCUUUAGAAGGAGCGUCCCAAGUCAGGACUUCUGAGGCAGAACUAUUUCCCCAGAAGGCCAUCCCCUGUAGGAUGUGUGGUCUGGUCUUGAGGGACAUUUUGCACUUGGCUGACAACCAGGGAACACAUCAUGGACAGAAACUGUAUAGGUGUGGGGUGUGUGGAAAACAGUUGUAUUUCAGUGCAGAUGUUUAUCAGCACCAGAACCAGCACUUUGGAGAGAAACAUUUCAGAAGUGAUGUGGACAGAGCCUCAUUUGUGAAGAGCUGCAAAUUUCAUGUGUCAGGGGAGCCCUUUACCUGCAGGGAAGUUGGAAAGGACUUUUUGACCACCUCAGGAUUUCUCCAUCAACAGGCCACUUGCACUGAGGAGCAGUCAAAUAGAAGUGAUUGUGGGACUGUUUGUCACAGUGGAAAAACUCAUUCCAACUAUGGAGAAUACAGAAAAGCAUUUAGCCACAAACACACACUUGUUCAGCAGCAGAGAGCCCUCACUACAGAAAGAUGUUACAUAUGCAGUGAAUGUGGGAAAUCCUUUAGCAAAAGCUACAGCCUUAAUGACCAUUGGAGAGUUCACACUGGUGAAAAGCCUUAUGAGUGUGGUGAAUGUGGGAAAUCCUUUAGGCAAAGCUCUAGCCUCAUUCAGCACCGGAGAGUUCACACUGGUGUACGCCCUCAUGAAUGUGAUGAAUGUGGAAAACUAUUUAGCAAUAAGUCCAACCUCAUUAAACAUCGGAGAGUUCAUACUGGUGAAAGGCCAUAUGAGUGCAAUGAAUGUGGGAAAUCCUUUAGUGAAAGCUCUGCACUCCUUCAACACCAGAGUGUUCACACUGGAGAAAGGCCUUAUGAGUGCAACAAAUGUGGGAAAUUCUUUACCUAUCAUUCCAGUCUCAUAAAACAUCAGAAAGCUCAUAGUGGAUCAAGGCCUUAUAAGUGCAGUGAGUGUGGGAAAUCAUUUAGUCAAAACUCCAGCCUCAUUGAACACCGUAGAGUUCACACGGGAGAAAGGCCUUAUAAGUGCAGUGAAUGUGGGAAAUCCUUUAGCCAAAGCUCUGCACUCCUUCAGCAUCGGAGAGUUCAUACUGGAGAAAGGCCUUAUGAAUGCAGUGAAUGUGGGAAAUUCUUUACCUACAGCUCUAGUCUCCAGAAACAUCAGAGAGUUCACACUGGAUCAAGGCCUUAUGAGUGCAGUGAAUGUGGGAAAUCCUUUACUCAAAACUCCAGCCUCAUUAAACACAGGAGAGUUCACACUGGGGAAAGGCCUUAUGAGUGCACUGAAUGUGGGAAAUCAUUUAGCCAUAACUCUAGCCUCAUUAAGCACCGACGAAUUCAUAGUCGAUAAGGGCCUUAUGAGUGGCAAAUGUGUAAAAUGCUUUAACCAAUGUGCUGGCCUUGUUACACACCUGAGAAUUAACCUUGGAGAAAGUCUUUAAUUCAGUGAAUGUGAGAAAGCCUUCAGCUGAAGGCCUUUUCUCAUUGGAUACCAUAAAAUUUACAUGGGAAAAACACCUUUGAUAUGUAAAGAUGUGCUGUUUCCUUGUUCAGUAUAACAACUCUGGAGGAGAUCCCUUAUGUUGGUGCCAUCUGCCUGAAUUGCUUCUCAUACAUUCAAACAUCUGCAUAAAUUCCAGGUAUGUAGGAGCUGCAUUGCACUUUUUAACCUGCCUGUGUUCCUUGCCAGACUUAUGUCACUGCCAGUUCUAUAAUGGAAGUCAUUUCAUCUCUACCACCUGGCAGGUGCCCGCACUGUAUACCAUUCACCUACCCUAGCGUGUUCAGGUAAAUGAGCCUCAGUGUUCUCCUGUUCAUGGGAGGACUUUGUAAGUAAGUAGCCUGAGCAUUUAUUCCUUUCUUGUUUGUUUCUCUCUGAUGAGUUAGGGCAUGGACCUGAUGCAUUUUGGCCCAGAAGACUCUCCUGGUGACUUGAAAAGAUGGACUACCUUUUUCAGGGAUAUUGUUGGACUCACAUGACUCUUGUGAUAGAAUUUUCCAGCUUCCAGAUCACCAACUGUGGGAACUGCAUGCCUCCCAGUGCUCUGGGCCAUCCAUGAUGUUCCAGUCACCAUGGCUAAGAAGUAUGAGCAGGUACAGAAAUUCUCAGGACCUCCAGAACUGUGUAUCUUGUGUAUCUGAGGUCAUUGUCAGAGAAGAUAAUCUAAAGGUUUUAUGGAUUUUUGUAGCCACUGGGCUGUUCACCUCAAGGCCUUUGGAGUGCAGGCAGGAAAACCAGUAUAGAGAGAAGGGAGUUCUCAGUUUAUCAGUAUGGCCUUUGUCACCUAGCCAACAUUCCUGUUGAAUCAAGUGGAAACAGCCUUCACUGCUCACCUAUGUUUGCUACCGCUGAUGCAAAGCUGUCCCUCCCAGGGCAUGAGGUGAGAGAGAGUGAAAUCAACAUAGGGUUGUCAAAUCUGAUUUUCCAAAAUAGUAGAAGAUCCAGACUUGUAUUUUGAACCAUAUUUUAAAAUCUUUAAUAAAGUAUAAAUGACAUGCAAUAAAUGGCACAUAUUUAAACUCUACAAUUUGAUGUUUUGACAUUCAUAUAAACCCAUGAAACCGUCCUCACAGUCAUGGUAAUGAACCUAUCCAGCACCCUCAUAUUUACCUCAUGCCCUUUACUACUACUACUGUCUACCCUCCAGACAAUUGCUGAUUUACUUUCUUUCACAAUAGAUUAGUUUUUAUUUUCUAGCAUUUUAUAUAACUGAAAUCAUGAAGUGUUUACCCUUUUUUUUUCCAUGGGUGCACAUGUGCAGCAUAUUUAUUUUGAAAUUUAUCAGUGGUGUUUAAGUAUCUUAGUUCGUUUUCUGCUGCUGUAACAAUACCUGAGACUGGAUAAUUCAUAAACUAUAGAAGUUUGUUUGGCUCAUGGUUCUGGAGUCUGGGAUGUCCAAGAGCAUGGCACUGGCAUCUGGUGAGGGUCUUCAUGCUGUAUCAUCCCACAGUGGAAGGGGAAACAAGCGUGAGAGGCAGAGAGAGGAAAUUGUGCUGAACUCAUCCUUUUUAUCAGAAAUCCACUCCCACGAUAACUAACUCACUUCCAUGGUAAUGGCAUUAAUCCAUUCAUGAGGGCAGAGCCCUCAUGAUCUCAUCACCUCUUAAAACUCCUAUGUGUUAAUACCAUCACAGUGGCAAUUAAAUUUCAACAUGAAUUUUUGGAGGAGACAUUCAAACCAUAGCAAUGAGUAGUUCUUUGUUUUUUAUAUUGCUGAGAAUUGGAGUCAUGUGCCACAUAACAAUGUUUUGUAUAUGACAGUGGUCCCAUAAGAUUAUAUUGGAGCUGAAAAUUUUCUGUUGCCUAAUGACAUAACCAGCUUAACAUUGUAGCACAAUUAUUUAACCUUUUAUAAAUUUAGUGUAGCCUAAGUUUACAGUGUUUAUAAAGUUUGUAGUGGUGCAUAGUAAUGUCCUACACCUUCACAUUCACUCACCAGUCACUGACUCACUCACCCAAGCAACCUCCAGUCCUGCAGGCUCCAUUGAUGGGAAGUGCCCUAUACAGCUAUACCAUUUUUAUCUUUUAUACCAUGUUUUUACUGUACCUUUUCUAUGUUUAGAUGCACAAAUACCAUUGUUACAUUGCCUACAGUAUUCAGUGCAGUAACAUGAUGUACAGGUUUGUAGCUUAGUAGCAACAGGCUAUGCCAUAUAGCCUAGAUGUACAGUAGGCUGUACCGUCUAGGUUUGUGUAAGUACACUCUAUGAAGGUCACACAACAAUGAAAUCUCCCAGUGACACAUUUCUUAGAACAUACCUCUAUUGUCAAGUGAUGCAGAAUUGUAUGACGUACCACUGUUUGUUUAUUCUUUUAUCUGUUCGUGGAUGUUUUGGGUUGUUUACAGGUUCAGGUUAUUGCAUAUAAAACUGCUAUAGACAUUUGAAUACAAUUCUUCACAUAGAUAUGUUUUAUUUCUCUUGUGUUAACACCUUGGAGUGCAAUGCCUGAGUCAGGGUAGAUGAAUGUACAGCUUUUUUAUUUAACAUGGUGGUUUUCUGGAUUUCUCCCAGCAGUGUAUGAGACUUCCGGUUCUUCCAUAUCUUUGCCAAUAGUGAAUAUAUUGUUAGUCUUUAAAUUUUGACUUGUUUAAUAAAUCUCACUGUGAUUUUAGUUGCAUUUCCCCAAUGUUUCAUUAGGUUGAGCAUUUUUUCAUUUGUUUAUU